CUUUCUUGGCAGCGGCGGUGUACGAAAAACACAGCGCAGCGAAGGAGCGUCCCGCGCAACACCCGCGAUAGUGCCCGCGUGACGCUUUGACUCUUCCUUGCUUCCUUUGGUCUUUUUCUGUUGUCGGGUAUCAGCGCAGUCCAAACAACUAGUAUUCCAGCGCUGACUGGAAAAGUCGCCGGGAUGAAUGAAUGUCCUCACGAAUAUGCAAAGCCGAUGGCCCGCAGCUUAUCUGGAAAUUUUCCGUUGAAACGCCAUCACAAAGCAAAACGGACACGGCUCCACGCAUAGGUAACAUUGAAACGAAGCACUAUCACCGUCCAGCACGCAGCGUCGACGGAGCUCCGCUUAGCACGGAUACCGCAGAUUUGGGACCACCUUUAUAGAAGCGCGUCGGUGCGGAAGUUCAUCGGAGACGUGCGUGAGGGUCAGAGCGACCAGCGCGCAACGGAAAGGCGCAGACCAGCGGCUGCGCUAGCGCUCGCCGGGGUGCGGUGCUGCUACGGAGCCAUAUCCUCCACCUGAACCAGCGCGGUCUUGGCCUUAACUGGCUUGUUGACUAGCCGCGAGGUCGAAGCCCAGUUUCGGACAGAUGAGGCAAUCAAGACCCCUGAAUGGACGGGGAGCGCCCUUGAGUCGCCAUGCUGGCGGUGGCUUGCAUACGGCUCCAAGUCGGGGGCCCGUUCCCCUGCGUGUGGCUAUGCCGAUGGGCAGCGGUGGUGGCGGAGACUUCACAGGCGGCGUGAAGGAAGCAUUGCGCCGGGUGGGUGCGGACCUGCGCUCCGCUUUCAAUACAGUGGUUCUGGACCUCCCGCCCACACACCUGCCCGAGCAGCAGUCGACAGACCCACAGCAACAACAGCAACAACAACAACGUCAGCAGCAGCAGGAUGUAAACCAGGCUGUUGCCAACACGGCCCUGGCCGCAGCCGCCGCCGCCGCUGUGGAGGUCGCGACGGCGGCGGGCGCGACUGGUGCGGCCCUGGCUUUCAAGGAGCAGGACGAUGAGGCGUCGGUGGUCGAGGCGCUGAAGCCGUUCAGCCGGGUGCGCAGCGUGCCGCUGGCGGGCGGGCAGCUGGACAUCAUCAAGUGGCGCGGGGACCGCAUGCUGAGGGUGUGGACGCCGCAUGGCUACACGCGCGCCGACGCCGCGCGCGAGGCCUUCCCGGUCAUCUACUUGAACGACGGCCAGAACCUGUUUGACGACAAGCUUACGCUGAGCGGGCACGCCUGGCACGCGGCGGAGGCGGCGGCGGGCCUCAUCUACCACGGCCAGCUGCCGCCCUUUGUGAUCGUGGGCAUCGAUCACAGCGGCCCCACUCGCUCCUAUGACUACCUGCCCUGCCCGCCCGGCACCGCGGGCGGCUACCGCGCGGACGCCGAGAAGUGGCCGGGCGGCGGCGUGGACGCCUACCUGCAGGAGGUGCUUGGCGAGGUGCUGCCAUUCGCGGAGAAGGAGUACGGCGUCUCCAAGGAGCCCUCCCUGCGCUCCUUUGGCGGCAGCAGCUUCGGCGGCAUCUGCGCGCUGUGUGCGGCGCUGCGGCACCCGGGCGUGUUUGGCUCCUUUCUGGUGGAGAGCCCCAGCCUGUGGUUCGGCGACGAGCGCAUGCUGCGGGAGGAGCUACCCGGCUUCCAGGGGCCCUGGCCGGCGCGUGUGUUCCUGGCUAUGGGCACCAAGGAGUACAGCGGUAUCCGAAAGACCACGGAGCCGGAGUUCGACGCCAAGCUGGUGGAGCUGACGCACGAGCUGGCGGAGGUGCUGGAGGGCCGCGGCGGGCUGACCAAGGGCACACGGCUCAAGGUGGUGAUUGAUGAGGGCGCCACCCACACCGAGUCCGCCUGGGCCGCCCGCCUGCCGCGCGCGCUGCGCUUCCUGGGCCUGCACUGGUGGCGCCCGGUGCUGGCGGCCCGCGCCGACCGCCUGUACUUCACCUUCCCGCGGCGCCUGCAGGCGGGGCAGUCCGGUGUGCUGUUCUUCAACCAGGCUCGCUCUCUGGCUCUGGCCGGCAAGCCGCGCGACCACAUGAAGAUGGCGUUCGGCUUCAACGUGGAGUGGUCCGUGGGCGCCGGCCGCGUCAACAUGACGCCCGCCGCCGGCCUGGCGGCUCUGCGCCAGGAGCUGCAGCAGGGGCAGCCCAAGCAGCCCAAGCAACUGCCGCAACAGGCGGCGCAGAAGCAGCCGGCGCCCGUGCAUGCGCCUGCGCAGGAGGCGGCGGAGGCGGCACAGGCGCAGCACACGGAGAAGCAGCAGAAGCAGCAGCCGCAGGUGUCGGUUGCGACAGAGUUGGAGGCGCUCGUAAGCGAGGUGCGCGAGGUGGCGGCGGCGGCCGCGGCGGAGCACGCGGCGCCUGCUGGCGUGGCUGCGGCCACUGCCGCCGCGCUUGCUGCCAACGCCGUCAUCGUGCACCACCACCAACAGGAGCCUGCUGCUGCCGCCGCGCCUCCACCUCCGUCGCCACCCCCGCAACCCGCCACCCCGGCCACCCCCGCCGCCGCCGCCAACAUUGUGGGCGACUCGCCGGUGCACUUCGACGUGCACGGCUCCGGGUCCUGGCUGCAGGCGUCCUUCAUGGUGCCCCCCGAGGCGUAUGAGAUGCACAUGGCCUUCAGCGACGGCGGCGACGGCGGCCAGGGCGUGUGGGACAACAACGACGGCCUCAACUUCUACGCGCGCGUGCGCAUGCCCAUGACCGCGGCACAGCGCAGCCACACAGUGGACCAGGCGCUCGCGGAGGGGCCGGCCUGGGGCAACGUGCAGGACAUUGCGCACAAGCGCGGCGGCUCGCCGUUCUUCACCACGCCCGAGGUGCUGGUGGCGGGCGAGCCAGCGGUGCUGUAUGUGAACCGGCGGCGCCUGGGCCAGGGCCUCAGUGACGAUCCCAACCUGAAGGUCCACUUCGGCUUCAACUCCUGGGCCGUGGGCGGGCAGGAGCAGUGCCUCAAGCCCACCAGCCUGUGGCGCGGCCACGACAUUGACUGGUGGUCGGUGCCCUUCAUGGUGCCCCGCGAGGCGGCGGACAUGUCGUUCGUGCUCACCAACGGCGCCGGCACGUGGGACAACAACCACGGCUGCAACUACGUCUGCACCGUCAAGGCCGCGCGCAACGCAACGGUGGCGCCGGCCAUGCCGCGCGGCGUGGAGAACGUGGAGAGCAUGCCGCACGGCGCAGGCAUGCUACACAUCGUGACCUUCACCAAGCGCGAGGGCGCCGAGACGGCCCGCCGCGCCAACAAGUGGACGGAGGAGAAGCGCAUGCGCGUGUGGACGCCGCCGGGCUACGACCCGGCCAACCCGCCGCCCGGCGGAUACCCAGUGCUGUACAUGCAGGACGGCCAGAACAUGUUCGAGGACUGGUUGGCUCACCAGGGCGUGUCCUGGCGUGUGGGCUACACCGCCUCCGACCUCAUCAGCAACGGCGAGCUGCCGCCCUUCGUGGUGGUGGCAGUGGACUCGGCCGGGGCCAUGCGCAGUCUGAACUACCUGCCCUACCCGCCCGGCACCGGCGCCGGCGGCUUCCGCGGCGACGCCGAGCGCUGGCCGGGCGGCGGCCUGGAGGGCUACAUGACCCGCAUCGUGGAGGAGAUCAUGCCGCUGGUGCAGCAGCGCUUCCACACCAGCAGCGACCCGGCCAAGGUGGCGUUCGGCGGCGGCAGCUUCGCGGGCGUGGCGGCGCUGUACGCGGCCAUGCACUACCCGCACGUGUUCGGGGUGGUGCUGGCGGAGAGCCCCAGCCUGUGGAUCGCGGAGGGCCGCUUCCUGCAGGACAUGCGCGCGCACCGCGGCAUGCUGCCGGAGCGGCUGUUCCUGGGCUGCGGCACCAAGGAGUACAGCGCCACGCGCGACCACGUGCGCGACGACGUGGACGGCCUGCUGCUGCACUACUGCUGCGAGGCGGCCUCCAUACUGCAGUCGCAGGGCCUGCGCGGCGACCGGCUGCGGUUCCUGGUGGAGGAGGGCGCGGGCCAUCACGAGCUGGCUUGGCAGUGGCGUCUGACGGGAGCCAUGCGCUUCCUGUUCAACAGCUGGUGGACGGAGUAAUGUAGGAGGGCCAGAGCAAGGCAGGCUGCCUUCAGGUGCGAACCACGGGCGUGCCCUGCAAGACACAGCUGCGUAAGCCGGGACCGUUGUGCUGCUGCUGGAUGCAGAGCUGGAGCUUGAGAGCUAGCGUGCAUGUAAACAUCGUAUGUGUCGGAUAUUUUGGGGGAUAUCUAGCUUGUGUCGGGCCCAGCCGCAAGCCUGCCAGCGGCCGUUACAUGCUAUAUUACAUGCUUGGAUAGCCCGGAGGGUUGGCCGCAGCCUGGCCGUGCGGAUGCACUACGCGUGCUGGCGCGCAAUGUACGCAUACUGUGAUGAAGAGCGAACGUUGCGGGGACAAACGUGGGGAUACGGCAGGGAUGUGUUGUGCGUUAGCAAAAGAGCGGCAGCUCUUUUAAAUUGCCUGAACUGGGGUCGUGUUGGUUCGUUACAUGGCGUGGCGUGAGCCAGGAUGGGGUGCAUGGAUGUUGUGUGUCCUCGUGUGUACCGUUUGCAUCAUGGCGUAUGGGGAAGAGCACGUGUGCGAGUGAGCGCCGUGCUGGUGAGCCGGAGAGUGAGUCGAUGGAGCGUGCUGCAUGCCUGCUUUUUGCGUCAGGUUAGCGUGUGCAUUCUUGUGGGUAUUGCAGGUCUGGCAGUCGAAUGGUCAAUGGUUGGGACAACGUGAGAGAAGCAAGUAUCAAGGUGGCACGGGACACACAUGACUUACGUGCAGGGUCAACGGUAAUCAUACGGUAGUGGAGACCAGAUUGUCCUAGGGGUUGGGCUUUGAAAGGCGCAUGCACCGCCAGCGGGUUCAGUUGAGAGGCCGCGAGGUACGUCGUGAAGUUGCAUAAAACCCGUAUCGUUUUAGCACGGAACUACUGCCUGGUUGAGAGUUCAAACUGUUGCUCGGUUUGCUUCUGUGGCUGGUGGCCCAGCAGUUCGGGCCCGAGGUGAUGUGUACGCAAGGGCAGUUGGCAGAUAUUGUUUCCUGUGCCUGUGCCGGCGUAGUGUGAGAGAAGCCCAAGUAGGGCCCAGCGAGGGUGCCGUGAAUCUGAGAGCCGCUGAGGAGUUAAGAGUUUAUGUUUGCAGGUGCUGUGUGCGUUACAGGCAAACGCGUGCCGGAUGCGACGAAAUAUGUAGCUUUCCA